GAGAAAUCGCAUCGUGUUUCAUUCACAACGCGAGCGCCACUGGCAAUGUCGGGAAGUGACAGCCCAACAUUCUUUCACGGCCAGCCCUGGUCCAGCUGGAUCGAAAAAAUCGGACGAGACAAGCCGUUGAGCGAUGAAGAACCAGAUGCUCAACUUACUAGUUCAGUUACGAGGCUUUCAGCUGAGGACAUUGAUUUAUAUGGAUUUUGUCCUGAAAGAGAUGCUUUUUACACGGUAGUAUGUGAAACCUGUCAUGCAAUAGUCAAACCACAGGCUCUCAUUCAACAUAUGGAAAGUCGCCAUCCUUCUGGUACGGUCAAUUUUCCACCUCCCUCCACUCCAGUCGUAAAAACUCCACUGAAGACGCCCUAUUGCAAGGUGUCGAAACUGAAAAAGACGCAGUCAUCGUCUCAGAUCUCAAAUAGCGGGAGCAAUAAGAUCAAUCACACGAACGUGAAACGGAACACGGAACAGCCGAGCAUCUCAACGAAUUUGUCAUCUUCAUCAAUACCGAUCUCAUCGUCACCUCGAUCGCCUCUUGAGUCGUUACCAUCGUCUGUUCAAACAUCGAACUCUGGAUCAGGAACUGUAAUUAGCUCGAGUCCUGUGAAAAGCCCUGGCACAGCGACCAGUCAACCUCGUCGAAAGAGACUCAAAACCGAUCGAUCGUUGCUCAAAGAUCGAGAGUACGAUCCAGAUCGACACUGUGGAGUGUGGAACGAGGAAACAGGCAAGCCUUGCACCAGGUCGCUUACGUGCAAAGCGCAUACGGUCUCGUUGCGGCGGACAGUCAUCGGUCGGAGUAAAACCUUUGACAAACUCCUCGCGGAGCAUCGUGCCUCGAAGGAAGUCCCGAACAGGCCGACAAAAGUGACUGUGACCGGUACAGUGACCGUGUCCUCUGGAACCUCGAACUUGAACCCCUUAACGCCCACCAACCCCGCCCUGACCAUCGAAGCGGAAACCCCCAGCUCACCACCCGUUUUAUCGCUGCCAGACACAUAUCCACUGCCAAAGGCUGUUGAUUUGCUUUAUCGGUGUCUGGCCCCGCAUGGCUCCACUAAACCUACCAAGCUCGAAGAGGACUUCGUCAACGAGGAGCUGAGGAGUCUGGAAUCGUCGCUAGUGAACUCGACCGGUUCGACACAAUCGAGCUCGAUGAUGGCGCCGAUAUCCGUGGUGUUGCCAUCGCUGUCACCGUUACCGGCUAAUAACGAGGAAUCGACGUCGUCGGUCGCCACGCUGAUACCGAGCACAGCAUCCCCAGCUAUACCGGUGCCAGCAUCACUGCCAGCCACGUGUACGCAACCGCCGUUGGUCACGACGGUUCUCGAGGCUGAAACACCCAUGGACAUCGAUCCAGAAGCGGCGAUGACCAUCUAUUCCCCUGUAUACCAGGAUAAAUCCAAAUUGCUGGUCGAAAUACCACGUUCAAACAAUAUCGCCCACUCUCCUAUAUCAUCCAUGCCCAGUCUGCUAUUCGAAUCUAUGGAUCAACUCGAACAGCUGGAACAGCUGGAACAGCAACACGCGACUCAGAUAAAUGGAAAGAGACUGAAUCACGCGACUCAUUCGAGUCCUGUUACGCAACUACAGUCGAAGAGGACCAAACACGAGUACCAUCAACAGGACCUGUCCACGGCGAUACAGGUUGAGGCUACGACCACGUCCUCGCCUUAUCCUCAUUUCGGGGAUAUAUCUUGGUCGAACUGUCACCCGGAGCCACUGGCUGUAAGUCGGUGGCUUCGUAUUUCGUCCAGCCGUAAGCAGUACAACUUUAAUAUUCACUGACAUAAGACCCCACCCACUCCAGGCUGAGGACCGUACGCCAUGGGCGUUUGUCUACCUCCUCUUUUUUUCGAGAUCCUUUUUUUCAUGGUCGUCCUCGUCGCCGUCGUCGUUGAUGGUCUAGGUCUGAAGCCUGUCGAGAAGGGGACAAGUCUUGAUGUGCGGUGAACUUCGAUGUGAUGAGCAUGCGCACGACGGAAAAAAAGACACGUGAGCAAUUAAUUGGUUAUACGUGGAAUUGACAUGAUAACGAUAUAUGUGUUUUUGCAUGCUUCGUUCUCCCUGCCGAAAUGAAAUAUCUCGAGCAGGAACAUACGAUAGUUACAAAUCUACGGUCCUCUCAUUUUGUACAACAAUGUCGGUCUCUAUUCCGCCAGGCGACGAUCGUUUCCUUCGAAACAACAAAUUACCAUCAUCGCAGGUUCAUAGACAGGUUAAUCGCAUUAUCACUUUAGGGGAUAUACGCGUACAACUGGAACAAACGGGGUUCCGCAAAUGAAAACAGAAGCACGUACCAAAUUUUCUUCUUUGUCUCUCGAUACUUACUUUGCAACCAUUUCUACCAUACUAUAGAGACUGAUUAAGGAAGAACCAUAUUACGGACGUGAUUCGUCGGAUUUACGAAAUCGCUGACUAACGUUCCUGGAACAUUAUCAUUAUCUUGUUUGAACUGUUGUUUCAAGAGGCCAGAUGGAAAACGAAAUAACAUCUCGUAUCUCGCAACGAUGCUUCUGUUUUGAUAAUUGUACUUUUCACAGAAGAACGUACGAAUCACCGAGUGAUGCGACAAUAGCAACGCCAGCCUCAUCGUCAAGUAUUAAAUUGGCAAUAGGUCGAUAUUAGAGAACUUUGACUGAAAUACAUAUAUGAGUAUGAUGGUUUUUUUUCACAAAAUUAAUUUUUUUGCGCCGAAGAUCGUUGCAACAUCUCUCGCGGAACAGGCCGAUAUAUAAAUUCGAUUCUGAUCGCUGUGCCUCGUCCCGACGGCGCGGCAGUCCGUUCGAAACAAAAAAGAAAGGAGGAAGAAAUAAUAGAAAAAGGAAACAGUGUGAAAACGCGUUUGACGCGUUCGAAAUAAGUCACACUGUCCGUGUUUGUCUGUUAAAAAUAGAGGUUUUCAGUGAAGAAAGAAGCGACGAUGAUAAUAAGUGAAAUGAAACUACAUCGAAUUUUAGACGAUUAUCCCGUGUGUAUGUGUGCUUGUAAAAAGGGUAAAGGAUUACGUGACCAAGCAACAAAUACAAAAAGAAAGAAACUUUCUUUUCUUUGUACAGGAAGUUUGACAAACGGUUUUUAGUAGGAAGAGUAGCUAAAAAGGUUCAAUAAGCAGUGUUUGUUCUUUUUUUCUUUUUCUUCUUCUUUUUUCUUCUUUUAGGAGACGCCGCUGAAUGGCAUUUGAGAUGUCAGCCCUGAAUUUUUUUGUAAAUAAUCAAUUUGACGGAUUAAUCAUUUACGGCCAGCUAUCCUCUUGUAAAUACGUUUAAUAAAAAAAAAAAAAAUGUAAAUCGUAGUUAGUCGUGACACGGAGCGGCCGAUCAUCGAACUAUCUUGCGCGUAGAAUUUCGACUUAUUUUCCAAUUAAAUUGCGGUUCGCGUACAGAGGGUCUCAUCUUGUACAUACAUAGAUCAUAGUAUACAUUUAUACAUAUAUAUAUUUUUUUUAUCGAUCACGAUCUCUUCAACGUUUUUACGUAUAUACAUAUAUACAUAUAUACAUAUACGACCUCACUACCUACCAUCAUCAAUACUUCCUUUAUAUCUUUUCUUAUUUGUAUCUCCUUUAUUAUUUUCUUUUCUUCUUUUUUGUUCUUCUCUUUAUUCUAUAUUUUCUUAGUCUUCUCUGCUUCCCUCUGUUCUCGUACAUACGUAUAUUCUAUUGCACAAUUGUGUACAUCGUGUAACGCAUUUAUCCAGCGAUUCCGGUUUAAUGCCACGAUUUCUAUUUUUUUUUUUUUUGUUUUUACAAAAAAUAGAAAAAUUCGACGGAUAAAUCGUGUGUGCGGGUUCCGUUUAAUCGGUGAAGAAAUUUCCACUGGAUCGUAGGCAACGACAACAGCACACGUAGCGAAAAUUUCGUUCAGGCAAUCUUUAGCUUCUUGUAAGCUCGUACGAAAUUUUCAAAGGGAGAUUCGAUGAGUCUUUCAGUCAGUCGAGUUAUGGCUGAUGAGUUUAGCAAAGCCGUACACAUUGUCCCGAAUAUAGUAGGUAAACCAUUCAUCACCAACCACCAUUCACUAUUAUCCCACCCGAGACAAUUUAUUUUUGUAAAACUGUCGGUUCUAAUUUGCGUCGUGGCGCUAUGUCGGUUUUUCCAGCAUAGCGCGUAUGGUGGCGUAUAUCUAUGCAUAUAUUUACGGACUUCUUAUCAUAGAUUGUGAUAUCUAACUAAUUAAUGAUUAGUCAAGAUUAUUCUAAAUCGUGCGCAUGCGUUAGUGAAUGAAAGAGUAAUGACAGAUAGGUGGCCAAAUUAGGAAUGGUAUAGAAAGGAAUUCGAAGUCCACGGAUGAAAAUAAUGAUAAGUCACGUUUCCCGACUUUUGUAGCAGAGGUAUUGAAUUUUGUAUUUUUUUGCUUUUUUGCCUUUUUUGCCUUUGGUAAAGGCACGCGUUUAAGCCCAAAAUCAAACGGUAUUGAUCAAUCAAAUCAAAAUGGUAUUGAAUUUUGAAUACAAAAUUCAAUACCAUCCGAGCUAUCUUUUCGUUUGAUUUUUGAAUUGAUGGUAUUGAUGGGAUUGAUGGUAUUGAAUUUUGAAUACAAAAUUCAAUACCAUCCGAGCUAUCUUUUCGUUUGAUUUUGGGCUUAAACGCGUGCCUUUACCACCUUUUUGAUCAUUUAAAAACUAUUAAUAAGUUUUAGUUAUACAAUUCUCACAAAUAUCUUCGACUCUCUCGGGUCAUACGAAAAUACUUCUGUUUCAACUGCUUCAUAUUAAAUUAGUCCUUUUUAGAAGUCAGAAGAUGAACAAAUACAAACUUAUUAUAAUUUUCUCUCGUGUACUUCAAAUAGGAUGUAAUGAUUACUGCUGAUCUCUGAAGAGGAAAUGUUAGGCAAAAAAGGAAAAAAAAAAUGAAACGUUUGCGCUUAGUUCGGCUACGACUUUCGCUAUAGAUGAAUAAAUUCGCUCUGUGUAUCGUGUUUGUAGCGUUUCGAGGUUUUAUCUCGUUGAGUUUCCGCUUUUUCCACGUGUAUGAGCUGAUUCGUAAAUUAUUUCGUUUCAUCGACGAAUGUAGCGAGAAACGGGAAAAAGAAAGAACGGAAGAAAGUAAAGGAGGGAGUAUAUAAGACGACGAAUAGAUAGAGCAAAUUGGAAGACGGGAGAUAGGGAGAAAAUUAGUAUAGCAAAUAGGGGGAAAAUGACGUGGAUGUACGUCAUGUCGAGCCGAAGAAGAGACGUUGAUUUUUUUCGUUACCGCGCAGUAUAAAUAAUACAAAUGCUAACGAUGUUAUUAUUACUGCUAUUAUUCGAAGAGGAGAACACGUGGAGACAUGUCGGUCUGGUAUUGUCCUGUUCGUUUUAUGUAAAUCGAACUUGGACAACGAUCGAUCGAUGAAACAGCUCGUUGUGUGCAAGGUAUACACUUUCUCAUCGACCAUAUAAACGAACAUCGCCUUACGAUUCUAGCCAUAAACUUCGCCUUAAGGAUUCAUUAGCGAUCAUAGUAGCGAUUAGCGUGGGUUUCUGUGAAAAAUAUAUUCUCGAGCAAGAUUCGUCGAUCGAUCGUUCGAUGUAAAAAAGAAAAAUAGAGAAUUUAUGAAAGAAAAGAAAUACUAUUAGCAAUAAAUUAUCGUUCGAUAUCGGACAAAUGGAGGACGAGAGGAAAACUCGUGAACGGACCGACAUGACCAAAUCGUUUCUAAUCGUCGAUUUACCGAUCUUCUCGGCUACCUGAAACAGUGAUAAUUUGUACAUAAAUCGCGUAAGCAAUUACCCAUGUACCUAUGGUAUCAAUGAAAUCUAUAUAGGUAUAUAUUAUAUAUAUACAUAUAUAAAUCUAUAAUAUAAAAAUAAUUCUAUUGACAAGUUGAAGAGAAGAAUGUUAGUGAAAAAUCGCAAACGUCGAAAUGCUGUUAGCCCGCUCGUUUCCGAGUGUACCUUAAACGCUGUAUAAUUCGAGAACAAAAGAAGAUAAGUAACUUAACGUAGAUCGUAUAUUUAACGAUACACGUGUACGUAUAGCGUGUAAUUAUCUCCUGUACAUAACAAGUGCCCUGUGCAUGUUUGUGGCGCACGAAAUGCUGCGUGCAUGCGCGAAAUAUGUAUGAUCUUUUUUAGACUAUUACUACUACCAACUACGUACCACACGUUAGUGUUCAUCGAUCGAUGUUAUUUGGCGCGAGCUUCGAGUCAGUUUCGAGCGGUCCGAGGUUAUAAAUAUUGAUCGACUCAAGCAACAGCGCUUUUCUUCAAAAGAAAAGAAAGUCGGUAAUCAACGGCAACAACCCUUGUUAAAACAGUGUUACAUGUCGAGAAAGAAACGGAAAGAAAAAAAGAAAUGCUAUUAGUCACAGACGAUCUCUAAGAUUUUCUACGAAAUAGAAGAAAUUCUGAUCACGAUCGUUGGAAAGUGUGGUUCGCGAUCGUUCGAAUGAAAGAUUUUUUAAGACGAUGAAAAGAAAAAAGAAAACUCGUGAAGCAAUAAUACAUAGUCCACGAUUAAGAGAAUGCACAGCAAUAAUAUUAAUUUCAUUAUUACCGUAAUAUAAAGAUUAAGAGACGCGUUGUACACGUUCAAGAGGAACACUUUCGUCUCGUACGAACAAUUUGCUCGAUUCCCGGCCAGUUUGAACACGCGGCUAAAAAGCGUCAGAGGAUUUUUCUAUCGGUGCUGUUACACUCUGCGCGUCAUUUAACAACCGAACUUCUCGUACGUUGUUUACAAUCUACGAGAAAUAUAUGUUUCACCUUCUUUUUUCUUUUUUCUCUUUUUUGUAAGUAGUAUCGAUUUUUAAUUGGAACGUUGCAUAUAUCGUAUCGCUUUUAUUAUUGCUUUUCUUCCUCGACGGUAUAGAAACACGACUUUACUACGUUCGAUCGAUCGUUGGACGAUUUAAUUAAGUUCUUUUUUCUUGCUCUUUCCUCUUUCGUUCCGAUGAAAUUGAACCUUCCGGACAGUGCGGAACACGCGUCUAGUAUUUUCGUUUCGCUCGUCAGAUUUCAGUAGAAAUUUAAACGAAUCCGCGUGAAACUGCGGUGCACCAGACAUUUCGUGGCUCGCAUAAGACUGAGUACGCUUAAAACGAAGGAAGAGAAGAAUUGUACGUUUGCGGCAUGUUUAAAAGAUAUUGACCGAUUUACGAAUAGAAAGGAAAUAAAAAAGGAGUUUUUAGUCGGAUUAGGAUAUUGUUGCGAAUUUUCGUCUCUUUUAUUUUAAAGUUUAGGAAAAGAAGAAAUGAAAAUGGAAGGAAGAGUGCGAGAGAAAGAAUGAGAGAGAGAGAGAGAGAGAACUAUGCAGUAGAUUCGAACUGUUUUGCAUGACCUGUUCCGAAUCACCCUGUAUACGUUCAGAAGCGUCAGAACUAUGAUUCUGCUUUUUUUCUUUGUUCCGUGUACAAAAUGACGCGUGCGUUAAUAUACGUUCUCGCUCGUCGUCUCAGAGCACUGUAAUUUCACGCGGAGAAGAAGAAAAAAAAACGAAUAAGGUGAAAAUUAGAACAACUCCGACUUCGUGACGCAAGAACAUACAACAAAAUACUUUGUGGCAUUUAAUUUAAAUAUACGUUUUAUAUUUAUUUGUAUACUUGAUUUUGUUCAUUCAGUCCGUCUUCAUCCUCCAGCCAUUUUCUUCUCGCGUAUAUUUCCAUCGAUCUUUUUAUCAUAUAGAGAUUAAACGAUCACGUGAAAGGCGUAGAAACGAUGGUACAAAAAUUCGUGCGCGUCGCUUGUAUUCGUCACAUAUCAUUUAGAAAAAUGAAAAUAGAAAAGUAGUAGCGAUUGAGAGGAGGAAGAUUAUCGAGCGGCGUUACGCUUCAAUUUCAUACGUAUCGUGAUUAAUCGGUUAAUUCAUUAAGGAUCGAAAUCGUGUUAAUGUGGCAACAUUUUUAAUUGAUUUAUUUUAGAAAAUUCUGUUAUUUAUUAACAUUGAAAGUUACGAAAGAGGCUUUGAAGGAUUUGCUUAAUAAUUUUUCUUCCAUCUAGAUCUAAAGUUUAAAUCCCCCUUAGUUAGAGUAUUCUAUCAUUUCGAAACUAAACAGAAUUAAAGUUUUGCCAUUUUCUUUAAGCCGUCUUUCUUUUUCUUCGUUGAAUUCAAAAUACUUUGUCGUUAUUUCUAUUUAUUACUCUAAUGCGUCUUUCGUGCUUUGAAAAAUCAAUAUAUUCAUCACUUUAUCCAAACAUCCUUAGUAACGUUGCGUUUACGUAACUUUAAAUCGUCAUGUCGCUACUUGAUCCUUAAUGCGUUAAUAUAUCACACAUAUAUUUCAGAAGUGACACAGGUCGAACAAAUAUUUUCGGAGACAGCAAGAAACUGUUUAAAAGCUUAGAAAAUAUUAUUCAACCGAUGGCACAACGUCGCAUAAAGUACAAACUCUCCCAUUUUUAGCUGUCAAAAUCCCCAUUUGACAAUUUUCUUUUUUCUAACACAGGAUCGAAUUUUUUUGGACUGUGACACCUUUGAAACACAUGUACGAUAUAUCGUUAUUCAUAGUAGAUCUUACGCUUUUUGUACUGUAAUUUACAAGUCUAAUACGCUAUCGAAAUUGAUCGACACGAUCUCUCUGUGAAUCGCGUGGCAUUUUCCUAGAAAAACAUGCCCUCAUGGAGCUGCGAACCGCACUGGGUUUCCCAGUAUGCAUGAAAAUUGAAUUCCAAGCGUGGAGUUAAAUCGGUUGAUUGGAAAGCCUGCCCGUGACAAGAGUUCCCUAAAUGUUAUCGCGAUUCCGAAACCAUGUUCAAUUCGCUUUGAUUCGCGCGUUCAUUAAACGUAAUUCGCCAUUCUAUUCAAAGUUAGGCAAGAAACGUGAAUGCCACGUUCCUUUAUCAUACGUGGUCGACGCAGUUAAUCGUAUUUAGGGUAGGAAAUAAAGACAACUGACGCAGUGGGGAUCGAAACGCGAUCGUUGUUCCCGCCGAUGAAACAUUCUACGAGCAUGGAUCUCGUUAAACAAAGCGUUCGUCGUUCGAAUAUAGAACGAUUGAAGGAUUUACUGGAAAAGUGAUACGAGUGCUUUUGUAUUUUUUCGACACAAGGAUAUAUAAAAUUUUAUCCAAACUUUAACCAUAGACGUUUGCGUGCUUACUAUAUUAUCACCGAGUAUUUGGUAGUCUUACGUCUUAAUGUUAAAUCACUGUGUUAUACAAAAAUUACUUUACUACGAUAGUUUCAUCCAAUAAUAUACAUUUCCUUGUUAAGAAUUUUCACAAUUGACAAAAAUGUUGAUGCUUAGAAAAUUCUCGGUUCGCUUGGGUUAAGAGGUAAAGUAAAGGUCGUGAUUUAUGAAAAUUAGAGAUUUUGUCACUCGUACUACUUUCCAUGGCCUAUGAUUAAGACUUCAGAAUUGUGUCGCUUGUAACACUUUUCCUCCAAAACUUUCAAUUAUCUAGGACGACGCCUCUUCGCACAUGAUAAUAGAGGUUUUCUUUCCCCACGUGGUAACGUUGUACGCGUUAUUUUAAAAGCAAUUAUCUUCUGGUAUGCAGGUUUUCCUACGAGACGAAGAAAGAAAGAGGAGACCCGCUAGAACGUAAAAUUAGAAAGUAUACUUAAAAUAGUGUGUCGACUACCUUUUGAAAUUGGACAGUACACGCGUUCCUCCGACACUUCCUCCUCUUAAGCACGAUAGGGAUAUAAGAGGAGAAUGUGGAAAGAAAGAUACGUUUACGUUUUGAAGGCUAGCUUCGUAAGUGUAUACGUGUAUAACGUUGUAACGUGGCAUAAAUCAUCGAUGACAUUGUCGUUUAGUAUUCACGAGCAGCGACUGACUUUGUACAAUACGAUCUGCAUUCGAUAGUAGAAGAUAGACGCCGCGUUCGCAGUUAGGUGCGUCGUCGAUGACGCGAAUCAUUGUGCAUUCUCGAUAUUUAAUAAUAAUAUUUUUUUAUUCAUCAAUUAGGUACACACUUGGAUACUUAAAAAGGAACAAAACACGAUAUAACGCUUCGAUGUAAAUACUCCUACAUACUCGGUAGCUUACACCGAAUGAAAAAUAUGAAACAUAAAUACAGUAGAAUUUCAUUUAUAACGUUGCAUUAUGAAAGAAAUAAUAUAAAAAGAAUUCAUUAUAUCUUGUAACUACCUACAGUAGCUACAAGAUUUUACACACCAUUGCGUCUAUUAUGGUAUUCAUAUAUUAAUGAAUUAAUUAGGUCAGGUGUAUUAAAUUUCGUAUCAUUUAGUGGUACGACUACAAAUUCUGAUAAUAUGAAAAUGAAACGUAUCUUUUGAAAUAAUAAUAUAUCCGAGUUAAUUGAGCUAACUAAAAUUUCAUUCGAGCGAAUGAAGUUCUACUGUAUCAUUAUAUUACCAUCGUCUUCGAUUCAAUAUUAAUUAAUCAUAGAUGCAUCAGGUACAGAGUAAUAAAGCAUUGUCGCGUUUACUCGUCUAAUAUAUUAUUACCACGUUCGUAAUACGAUGAUAGUUGUACGAUUUAUCGAUGAUAAACGAGAAAAAGAAAAAAAAAAAAACACGACAACUGACAAGAGACUAAUUUAAUGUUGAAAGAGAAGAAUAUAAGUACAUACAUGUAGAUCGAUACUAAUUGUACGAUUUCCAUAGGCUCGUUCGACGAGAAACAAAUUCCGUACUCGAUGUUCUCUUCGACCGUUUACUUUUGUACGAUUACACCGCUCCUAUCCCAUAAGAAUAUCAUCGAAGUUUUCGAUAUAAUAUUUUUAUCGUGAGAACGUAGCGAUGUAUCGUCGACUAGCAACGAAGACGUUGGCACUCUUUACGAUGUACACAGAGAUUUGUAUAAUAAAAUGGAGGGAAGUGUAAUGUUAAACGAUAAUCGAUCGACACACGUUCGUGAUCACGUUUUUCUCAGGUAUCUAGCAUGUUUGUAAUCUAUAAACGACACUUCUAUGUAAUAAUAAAUAAUUCAGGCUAGAGUUUCUUCCAUUCUUCGAUGAAAGAUGGGGAAAUUUUUACGAUUGUAAAAUGAUAAAAAAAAAGAAAGAAAAAUUAAGGACCGUU